AUUGCUGAUCACGGUGCUGUGUUAUUGAAGAAUCCAUACUACAUUAUGCUUAAACRUUUUACCAUCUCUAGUUCGCGAUUSUUAAUAUUAUAUUCCAUUAAUUUCCUAAGAAAUUACAAUGGCCAAUGCUCCUGCUACUGUAAGUGCAACUAAGCCGGUUUUACGUGGCCUGCAUAAUGCAACAAUUAAGAAGAAUUUGACUGUUGCUAUUGCCCUAACUGCAGUCGUAACAGUUGCCUGGAGCUUUCUGAUUAACAGCCCUAAAAAGGAGGCUUAUGCUCAGUUUUACAAGAACUACGAUGCGCAAAAGUCGUUUGAACGUAUGAAGGCGAACGGCCGUUUCCAAGGCUGUUAGAUAACUUUGAUGAUAUAUGUUGUCACAAAUAACUAAGUUGCAAUUUGGAUGAAAAUAUAGUGAUUCAUAAACGAA